AUGGCCGCCAAAAUUCCCGAAGACAGCAAAACACCAUACGUGUUUCUGGGACGUUCUGGUCUGAAAGUGUCCAAUAUCUCUUUGGGAACUAUGACCUUUGGAGAAAACAAGACGGGUCGACCAGGACAAAGUGACGAAGACCUCUCGCAUCAGAUCAUCAACCGUUACGUGGAGUGGGGUGGCAACUUCCUGGACACUGCUGACGUUUAUGGAUAUGGCAACUCUGAAACUAUCAUUGGCAAGUGGCUGGAGAAGCAACCUCGAGACAAUUUUGUCAUUGCCACAAAAUGUCGAUUUGGUAUGGACCUAGAAAAUAACGUCAACAGUGUGGGUCUGAGUCGACGUCACAUAACCGAAAGUAUCGACAAAAGUCUUCAGAGAUUACACACAGACUUUGUGGAUCUUUACCAGACCCACCUGUUUGAUGACGGAACCCCAGUCGAGGAAACCCUGAGAACACUGGAUGACCUAGUCCGUAUUGGUAAAAUCCGCUACAUCGGCCUUAGUAACGUGACUGGCUGGCAGUUGAGUCAGCUUGUGGAGACAACCAAACACCUGGGACUCAACCCAAUUAUCAGUCUACAGCAACAAUACAGCCUAGUCUGUAGGGAGUCUGAGCUAGAGCCAUUCCAGGUGUGCAAGGCCCAGGGACUUGGGGUUCUUCCCUGGAGUCCACUCAAAGGGGGCUUCCUGACAGGAAAAGUCAAACGAGGAGUGAAACCCACAGAAGGGAGGAUUGGCUGGGUGGCAAACAAUGAGAACAAGGCCAUGCCGGCGGCUCCUUUGUGGAAACAGUUUGACGAUAAAUGGUUUGAUGUUCUAGAUCUUGUUGAAGCCAUUGCAAAGAAGUACUCCAAGAGUGUCCCACAGGUGGCACUCCGAUGGCUUCUACAGAAGGACGUCGUGUCUUCAGUCAUCAUAGGGGCCACAAGUCUUGCCCAACUGGAUGACAACAUGGGAGUUAACGGAUGGAGCUUGACCCUAGAAGAGAUGAAGCAGUUGGAUGACGUCUCGGCCCCUCCACUGACCUACCCCUACAAUAUGGUCUUCUCAAACAACGCUGAUCGUGUGAACCCAGCGGCCAAUGAUUUCUACGUCAAAUCAACCAGCAACUGA